AUGGAGGGUUCAGUUGAAAAACAAGAGCGUAGAGAUGUUGCAUUUAAAUUAGUAGGGAAAUGCAUCAAGAAGAGAUCUGGUAAACGCAGCUUUGUUGGUGUCAGGCAAAGACCUUCUGGGAAAUGGGUUGCAGAGAUCAAAGACGCAACUCAUGAUAUCAGAAUGUGGUUGGGAACCUUCAACACAGCGGAGGAAGCUGCCAGAGCCUAUGACGAAGCCGCCUGCCUCCUCCGUGGCUCGAAUGCUAGAACCAACUUUACUCUCGCUUCCAACUCCUCCUCCACCCUCUCUUUCAAAAUCAGAAACCUUCUCAUCCAUAAGAUCACUUUGAAACGAAGUUCUAUCACUGAAACCCAUGCCCAUGUUGCUCAUUCUGAAACAAACCAAGAAACACACAUGUUUGAUAAUGAUACAGUCUGGAACAGCUGCAAUGGAGAAAUUGAGGUGGGUUUUUGUCACUUCACCCAUUCAUGCUGCCAUCUUCCUCUUGGGUUCAAUUUUGAUAUGGAUGAGUCUUUGUCUGCACCGAAUGGAAUCACUGAACAUUUAGGAAAUACAUAUGAUGAUGCCUUUGACACAUCUUCUGCUCAACUUGAUUAUACCGAUUUCUCUUCAUUUUUCUUUGUACCAACCUGA